CAAAUAAAUAAAUGAUAAUAUAAUAAAUAAUCCUAUGAGAGCACAUGACUGAGUAACCAUGUACUCAUGUAUGUGCAUAUCCCACUAGGGUGUGAGCUCCAGAUCAGAAAUUAUGGCAUUUAGUUUUCAUUUUCUCCCCCAAAAACAUAUAACAGAAUUUCAAAAUAAUUCCUCCUUGAAUAAAUUCACUUUUUGGCUGUGUGUAUGGGGAAGGGGGAAGUGGAGUAGAUAUCAGAGGCGUACAAAGUUCACAACAGGAGAAUAAGACCACAUACUUGGUAGCUUCUAGAAGGUUCACUUUGGAGGCUGAUUCAGCCACUCUUUCUGUGAGACCCGAAGACAAUGAUUUAAUUGUCCCCAGCCUUGUUUGUUCACCCAAUAAAGGAAGACUAGUUUAUGACCAAUUAAUUUUAAUGACUUGAAAUAAAAACUUUCAGCAGUGCUGUGGUUUUAUGACACUGCUGAAUUGUGGCACAGGCACCCAUAGGUCUUAUUUAUAUUAUUUUGAAAUUAACUCCAUUUUGGGUUUAUUGUGGAAGCUCCAUUUGGUUUAAAGUUCCAGCCCUGUCGUGCACAAAUGGGAUUGGAGUACCAGGAAGACUGGCGGGAAGUGAGCCAUUCAUUCACCUUGUUCCAGCCCCCGCCUGGCCAUGAGUGUGAUCCGGGCACACCCUGAAGGCACAUCUGCGGGAGUGUGUGCAGUGUGUAUGUCAUUACUUAGGGAGAUGCUGUGCUACUGACCAGCACCUGGGUGUCGAAAGGAAAUGGAGACCUUGCCUGAUGGAUAAUCUCUGUGAAGCAAAUGGCACUUUUGCCAUCAACUUAUUUAAAAUGUUGGGUAAAGAAGGCAACUUGCAAAAUGUGUUUUUCUCCCCUCUGAGCAUCUCUUCAGCCCUGGCCAUGGUCUCCUUAGGGGCAAAAGGAAACACCGCUGCCCAGAUGUCCAAGACACUUUUUUUAAAAGAAGUUGGAGAUAUUCACCAAAGUUUCCAGUCACUUCUCACUGAAAUUAACAAACCUGGCACCCAGUACUUUCUUAGAACAGCCAACAGACUCUUUGGAGAAAAAACGUGUGACUUCCUUUCAGCCUUUAAGGAAUCCUGCCAGAAGUUCUAUCAGGCAGAGCUGGAGGAGCUGUCCUUCGCCAAAGAUACAGAAGGGUCCAGGAAACACAUAAAUGACUGGGUCACAGAAAGGACUGAAGGUAAGAUUUCAGAGGUGCUGGACGCCGGGACAGUUGAUCCACUGACAAAGCUGAUCCUGGUGAAUGCCGUCUACUUUAAAGGACAGUGGAAUGAGCAAUUUGACAGGAAGUUCACAAGAGGGAUGCCCUUUAAAAUCAAGCAGGAGAAAAAGACAGUGCAGAUGAUGUUUAAGGAGGCUAAAUUUAACCUGGGGUACGUGGAUGAGGUGCACACCCAGGUCCUGGAGCUGCCCUAUGCUGGCAGGGAGCUGAGCAUGAUCGUCCUGCUUCCCGACGAGAACACCGAUCUCGCCGUGGUGGAAAAAGAACUCACUUAUGAGAAGUUCAGAGCCUGGACAAAUCCAGAAAAGAUGCCAAAGAGUAAAGUUCAAGUGUUCCUUCCCAGGUUAAAGCUGGAGGAGAGUUAUGAUUUGGAGUCUUUUCUUCAAAGUUUAGGAAUGAUUGAUGCUUUUGAGGAAGCCAAGGCUGACUUUUCUGGAAUGUCAACUAAGAAAAAUGUGCCGGUGUCCAAGGUUGCACACAAGUGCCGUGUCGAGGUCAAUGAGGAAGGCACUGAGGCGGCUGCGGCCACUGCCGUGGUCAGAAAUUCCCGAUGUUGCAGAGCAGAACCAGUAUUUUGUGCAGAUCGCCCUUUCAUUUUCCUCAUCCAGCACAACUCCACUAAGAGCAUUUUGUUCUUGGGCAGGUUCUUUUCUCCAUAGCAAGGUGUAGUUGUUGAGCAUGACUCCUUUGCUUUCUGCCUAUGCUGUUUGAUUUAAAUUCUGUCUGAGCAAAUUGGUGCUGUGAUUCUGAUACCAAAAUAAAGUGUGUGUACCUGG